AUGGUAAAACUCACUGACGAUGCCGGCGAACCGUCUGGGAAUCCAUGGGGGCCAUGCUCUGAUGAUGUCCGUCACAGGACGGACGAAAGCUCAGCUCAUCGGGGUCGCAUUGCGGUGCGCCAAGAAACUAUACGUACAAAUCCCCAACCACAGCUCCAAGGAAACUCCCCCGCAGCCUUCGAUGAAACCAACUUACGAAUCCCUUCCACUCGCCUCUUCAAACGAAACGAAAGGUUCUCCAACAUGAAUCCAUUAAGGGAUUCUUCGAAACCCAGUUUUUCUACUACCUUUGAGCGCGUCCUUGUACAGAACCUUCUUCAUGGACGCUGCCAGUCAUUAUGUGAAGCUAUUCAGACCAUCGGACGCUGGCAACUAAUCCGUUAUGCUUUUCCCCAUGUAAUGCACUGUGCUGCUGUAAUGCUCGGGGAAAAAUUACAGUCGAUAGCAAUGCUUCAGAGGGCGCGCAGUCUUGAUUCUGAAUCUGAUGCUUGUGAUGGUCCAAGGCCACCAUUGAAAUUUGAUUCUUUCGAAACCAAAUUGUUGUACACACUGCACUGGAUCUUAUUGGAUGCGGCAGCUGAAUGCAAGGAUAGUGAUGAUGCAGCAGAAGCCAUAAGAAGAGACUCAGCUUUACAGCCUUUAUAA